AUGCACGUCAAACCUAUUAAGAUGAGAUGGCUAACUGGAGGGGUCAACUAUAGUUACCUCUUAACCACCCAGGACAGGAGCAAAUCGUGGUUGAUUGAUUCAGCCGAGGUGGCAGAAGUGCUGCCCCACCUCAGCAACUCUGAAAUGGACAGUAUAGAGGCUAUUGUCAAUACACAUCAUCAUUAUGACCAUGCUGGUGGUAACAUUGCUAUGUUAGCGGCCUUAAAGAAACAAAUAGGACGCACUGUGAAGGUUAUUGCAGGCUCGGGUAAUUCGCCAGCUGCCUCAGAUAUCCCAAAACAUCUACAACGUUACUCCUUGGGCGAUUUAGAAAUCACUUGUAUCAGAACGCCUUGUCACACUCAGGAUUCCGUUUGUUACCAUGUGAAGGACUCUGAUACGAACGAACAGGCUCUCUUUACUGGUGACACUUUAUUCACUGCCGGUUGUGGGCGUUUCUUUGAAGGUACCGCAGAAGAGAUGGAUACAGCAUUAAACGAUAGGAUUCCAAAAGGCGUCCAAGAACCCAACUGGAACAUCACUCGAGUUUUCCCCGGUCACGAAUACACAAAGAGCAACGUAAAAUUCGUCCGCAAAGCGGUAUACCCCAAUCUUGGUGACAACAAGUCUUUCGAUGAAUUAGAAAAAUUCUGUGAAGGACACGAAGUGACCACAGGUCAUUUCACGCUCACUGACGAGAUGCAAUUCAACCCGUUCAUGAAACUCAACGAUCCACUUGUGAGAAAAGCAGUUUCAGACCACAAGAACGCAUUCACGCACGCUCAGGUGAUGAACCAACUGAGGAAGAUGAAGAAUGCAGCCUGA